AUGCGUGCUAAAGGUUCAACUGCCUACGAACUCCGCAUGGAUGAUCCUCUCACGGUCCAUGAACGGGGAGAUGCCACCGCCCAAGCUCAGCUCCCUGGGACGGAAAACAUUCACAAUCGAGACGGUCUGGAUGCCAAUGCCGACACGCCGCUCAUAGGCAGUGCUGUCCGCACAGCGGGUCGGAAACGCUACAGAGAAGUAUUCUCUUGCGUCUCGCAGCAUCUCGUCACGUACUCCAAGUUUAUCGGACCGGGGUUUCUCAUCGCGGUCGCGUAUAUCGAUCCGGGGAACUAUGCCACCGACGUUGCGGCGGGGUCGGAGACCCGGUUUGCCCUCCUGUUUAUUAUCUUUGCGUCCAACUUGAUUGCCAUUUUGUUCCAAUCCCUCUGUAUCAAAUUGGGGAUCGUUACCGGACGGGACCUGGCGCAGAACUGUAGAGCCCAUCUGCCUCGAUGGAUGACCCUUCUUCUCUACGGGGCUGCGGAAACGGCAAUCAUUGCGACGGAUAUCUCGGAGGUUAUUGGAUCGGCAAUCUCACUGAAAUUGCUCUUCAAUAUCCCCUUGGUAGCGGGAUGUGCCAUCACCUUGGUGGACACCCUCUUUAUUCUGAUGUUUUACCGUCCCUAUGGCUCCAUGAUGGAACUCCGUGCUUUCGAGGGGUUUGUGACCCUGCUGGUCUUGGGGGUGACUGCCUGUUUUUGCGUGGAACUCUCCUUCAUCCGGGACACCAGCGUGGGUGAAGUUCUUCGGGGGUAUCUACCCUCGGCGACGAUUUUCCGGGGGAAUGCGAUCUACCUCAGCUGUGGGAUUGUCGGCGCCACGGUCAUGCCCCAUUCGCUGUUCCUGGGGAGUGGACUGGUUCAGGCUCGGUUGAAAGAAUUCGAUCUGGAUCAGGGGUAUGCGGAAAUCGAAGGUCAUGGGAAUAGAGCAACAGCCGGGAACAGCCAUACGGACGAGAACCGUGACGGGGACAAAACUGAGUACCACCCAACGAUUGCGGCGAUCCGAGGCUGUAUGAAGUAUUCCAUCGUCGAGCUAUCCGUGUCCCUAGUGACGUUUGCCACGUUCGUCAACAGCGCCAUCCUGAUCGUGUCCGGGGCCUCCCUGUAUGGGAACCCCGAGGCGGGCGAUGCGGAUCUCUUUGGAAUCCACGAUCUCCUCUCGCAGACCAUCUCCCCGGCCGCCGGCACGGUGUUUGCCCUGGCGCUGCUCUUCUCCGGCCUUUCGGCAGGGGUGAUCGGGACGAUCGCCGGGCAGAUGGUGAGCGAGGGCAUGUUGGAUUGGAAGAUGUCUCCCUGGGUCCGACGGCUGAUCACGCGGUCCAUCAGCAUCGUGCCCAGUGUGGUGAUCGCGGCGGCCGUGGGACGCGAUGGUCUCGAUGCCGCUCUAACAGCCAGCCAGGUGGUGUUGAGCAUCCUCCUCCCGGUGGUGACGGCACCGUUGAUCUACUUCACCAGUCGGGACCAGUACAUGACGGUGCGGGGACGACUGAAUGGACCGGACGCACCGAUGGUGACCAUUAAGAUGACCAAUAGCUGGUUGACUCUUUCUGCGUUGGUAUUUAUUAGUCUGGGAAAGGUAUAA